AUGCUUCGGGCAAGGCAAAAAAAUGUUUCGACCUUUUCUGGGUUCGACUUCCGCUAUUUCCGCAAAAAACAUGCCAAUAAUUCGGGCAGUGAUGAGGACGCACACUUGCGCACUCUUGGUGAAACAGCCAAUGAAGACAGCCAAUCGAGGAAAGAUGAAAGAGGACAUGGCGAUCUUUACAAGAUAUUUUGUCAGCGACGAACCGACGAAACACAGAGCGACAAUAAAGCGAACAGAAAAGAAUAUUCCGAACAACAAUGA